GACGGGGAAGGAGCACACUUCUUCCCGUGCCAGAGAGAGAGAGAGAGAGAGAGAGAGAGAGAGAGAGAGAGAGAGAGAGAGAGAGAGAGGAGGGUAAGCGCCUGUUUAAGGGAACCAAGUGUCAGUGAGGAGGAGGACGGCGAAGAGGCUCCGGCGCGUUUUGUUCUCUCCGCACCGCCGAGCUUUUACGCGCGACCUUCCAAAGGCGGACGAGAACGCGCGCGCGCCCCUCUCUCUCCCUCGCUCCACAACACCUCCAACAUCUUCACCUCCCCUUUUUCGACACAACGACGGGACUGUCUUGGCCGUCAUCGUUUUGGAAUAGAAACACACGUGAGCGUGUUUAUUUGAAGCACGUGUGUCUGUGUGGUUUUUUUGUUGUUGUUUUUUUUACAUAAAGGAGCGGAGACAGCGAUGUUUUGAUCGAGGGGGAAGUAUAUAAUAUAUAUAUAUAUAUAUAUAUAUAUAUAUAUAUAUAUGUAUAUUCUUCUUACUUUGAGCACCUUUUGACAAACUUGGUCGCAUGUUUGCACUUGCAUUUCACAAAGCGCAGUUAUUGUUUUUACGCACCACCCCCCCGCCCCCCAAAAAUGGAUUUUAGACACUUUGAACAAAACAUCAUCAUCACCAUCAUCAUCCCCCGAGAGAGAGGACGCACGGCCGCUCACUGACACGAUUCCACCGCAAACCGGCGUUAUCGGCGCGUGCGUGGAUCCUCCGGACGAUAGACGAGCCGAUCUGCGGAGUUUUCUCGUUUGAGUCCAAGAAAGAUGGAUUUAUCAGCAUGGUUCGGCGUGUGCGCUCUCACACUUGUGACCACUGCGGCCGUCACAGCGGAGGAAGGAGCUCUGACAGGCUCUGAGGCAUGUGGUGGCUAUCUGGAUGCCACUGACGCGGGCUACAUCACCACGCCCGGCUACCCGCUGGAGUAUCCCCCCCACCAGAAUUGCCGCUGGGUCAUCACGGCGCCGGAACCUUCCCAGCGCAUCGUGCUCAACUUCAACCCGCACUUCGAGAUCGAGAAGCUGGACUGCAGGUAUGACUAUGUUGAGAUCCACGACGGUAACUCGGAAUCAGCCGACUUAUUGGCAAAGCAUUGCAGCAACAUCGCCCCAGCACCAAUCAUAUCAUCCGGACCCGCCCUCCACAUCAAGUUUGUGUCCGACUACGCCCACCAGGGGGCAGGAUUCUCGCUGCGCUACGAAAUCUUCAAAACUGGUUCAGACUGUUCCAGAAACUUCACAAGUCCCUCAGGUCUCAUCGAGUCUCCAGGGUUCCCUGACAAAUACCCCCACAACCUGGAGUGCUCCUUCAUCAUCGUUGUACCUCCCAGCAUGGACGUGAGCCUCACUUUCCUCACCUUUGACCUGGAGAAUGACCCCUUGCCUGGAGCUGAGGGGGACUGCAAGUACGACUGGCUAGAAGUUUGGGACGGGCUCCCUGGAGUGGGCCCACUGAUCGGUCGAUAUUGUGGAACCAUGGUACCACCAGAGAUCCAUUCGUCUACUGGGAUUCUCUCUCUGUCCUUCCACACCGACAUGGCUGUGGCUAAGGACGGCUUCUCGGCACGGUACAACAUGACGCACAAGGAAGUCAGUGAGACCUUCCAUUGCAGUAAUGCUUUCGGCAUGGAAUCUGGAAAGAUCACCGAUGAACAGAUCACAGCUUCAUCAAGUUUUUAUGAUGAAAACUGGCUGCCACAUCAGGCCAGACUCAACUACAACAACAAUGGCUGGACGCCUAAUGAGGACAGCAACAGAGAGUACAUACAGGUGGACCUCUACACUUUGAAGGUGAUCACAGGCAUCGCCAUGCAGGGUGCCAUUUCCAAGGAGACGCAAAAGUCGUACUAUGUGACUACGUUCAAGCUAGAGGUCAGCACCAAUGGCGAGGACUGGAUGGUUUACAGACAUGGCAAGAAUCAUAAGGUUUUCCAUGCAAAUACCGACGCCACAGAGGUGGUUCUCAAUCGGAUCCCUCAGCCAGUACUGGCCCGCUUCGUGCGAAUUCGACCUCAAACGUGGAAGAACGGCAUCGCGCUGCGCUUUGAGCUUUACGGCUGUCAGAUUACGGACGCUCCAUGCUCAGAGCUUCAAGGCAUGCUGUCUGGGCUGCUGGCCGAAUCGCAAAUCUCAGCGUCCUCCAUGAGGGACAUUCACGGCUCCAUGGGCGCAGCCAGGCUGGUGGCCAGCCGCUCAGGCUGGUUUCCCAACCCGACACAGCCCAUAGCAGGAGAGGAAUGGCUGCAGGUGGACCUUGGUGUGCCCAAGAUGGUGCGUGGGGUCAUCACCCAGGGUGCAAGAGGGCUGGAGGGCAGCACCAGCGCUGAGAACAGAGCUUUUGUCAGGAAGUACAAACUGGCUCACAGUUUGACUGGAAAGGAUUGGACGUACAUCACGGACAGUAAGACCGGCUUUGCAAAGAUUUUUGAGGGCAACAGCCACUAUGAUACACCAGAGGUGCGACGCUUCGAUGAGAUAAUGACUCAGUACGUCCGAGUUCUUCCCGAGAGGUGGUCCCCUGCUGGAAUUGGCAUGAGGAUGGAGGUCCUCGGUUGUGACCUGCCAGAAACAACCACUGUGCCUGACACAGCAACCCCCACGCUGCCCAAGGUGGAAAGGUCCACUGCAGCAAUGAGACCUGCCACCACGCCGUCAUUGUGGGCCGUAUGUGACUUUGAACUGAGCCUGUGCGGCUGGUCCGCGGAUCCCCAAUCAGGUGUUAGCUGGUCCUUGCACACGGCCAGGAGCGGCGCCGCCGGUCAUGGCCCACAUGAAACCAGGUUGGAUCUGACACUGGGAUCAGAGAAUUUCUCAGGGAACUACCUCCACCUGGACGCGGGGGCCCACACCCAGCGUAAGCGCGCCAGGCUCCUGAGCCCGGAGGUGGCCCCCGAGCAAGGCCCGCUCUGCCUGGUCUUUUAUUAUCAGCUGCAGGGGGAGGCGCUAGGAAGCCUGAGGGUCCUGCUCAGGGACAGCGAGCAGGAAGAGACGCUUCUGUGGUCUUUGAAAGGAGAUCAGGGGCCUCACUGGAGGGAGGGCCGCACCAUUUUGCCACAAAGCCCCAAGGAAUAUCAGGUGGUGUUUGAAGGUUUUUUUGAGUAUCCGACCAGAGGCCACAUCAGAAUAGAUAACAUCCACAUGAGCAACACCAUCAACCUGGAGCAGUGUACACAGCCUUUCCACCCCUUGACUCCUGAAAUAACAAAUCCCAGGCCGAUGGAUUUCGGAAAAGAUACCGACUUCAGCAAACCCUCUGUGAAUGAAGAAUAUCUAUUUCCCGGGUGGCCGUCCUCCUUCUCCACGCCGGCCUCGGCCGACGCGGACCCCUCCUCGGUCACCCUGGUGUCCGAACGGGACAAGGACAACGCCUGGCUGUACACCCUGGACCCCAUCCUGCUCACCAUCAUCGUAAUGAGCUCUCUGGGCGUUCUGCUGGGCGCCGUCUGCGCCGGGCUGAUGCUCUACUGCACGUGCUCGUACGGUGGCCUCUCGUCGCGCUCCUCCACCACGCUAGAGAACUACAACUUCGAGCUGUACGACGGCAUCAAGCACAAAGUGAAGAUCAACCAGCAGAGGAAGAACUGCGAUUCACCUUCAACGCUGUGAGGCCAAACCUGAGGGUGUAAACCUGGUGGUCUACGGUCCCAAAUCUCCUCCGCCUGUAGGAGAGCGCCUGCUUGCUUCUGAUGAACGAAUGAUGGAAUGAAUAUGAGUGACAGAUGUAUCUUUGAAUAUUGACCCAUUGGAAGGACGCGAAGGAGAAGGCGAACAGGAGCACCUGCGACAAUCUGAACACGGAGGCCUCGGAUGGCAGGUUCCAAAGGUGACGUGACCAUUCGCCUGAGUGGGUUUACCAUGAUUUAGUACCAAACGAAAAGGCAAAACCAAGUCAAAUAAUGUCCUCAUCCGGAACAUGGAGAAAAGAGAUGGCAUGCUGAAAGCUGAAGUGGGUACUGAAAACAACACAUAUCAAGCGAAUGCCUUUGUCCUAAAGAACUUUAACAGAUAUCAAAUGACUUUAUGGGGAAUUUUUGGUUUGUUUUGUUUUUUCAAUUUUCAGUAUGAGUUCUGUUUGUUUGAAAAAGUCCAUUAGCUUGCCAUAGGCUUGUUUUUUCCACCCUUGGUGUGCGCAUUGUGAAACCAGUGGCAUAGAAGAGUAACGGUAAAUGUUUUUGUUCAGUUUUAGACUUGGAGGGAAAGGUUGCAUUUGGAGAGCAUUUUUUGACUUGAUUUAUUUUAGCAUUGUGUUGGAAUUUCUUUGGUCUUAACUUGGCACGUUUUCCAUGACUCUAAAUGAAGACAGGUACAAGCAGAUGGAAAGUCUAAAAUCUAACACGAUGUUAUGGAGCUGUGCUUUAGAUUCUAUAGUUUGUCUAUAUACUACAUAUACAGUAUAUGUCUAUUUUGGUUUUUCGGACUGUAUGAUGACACAGUGUGAACUAAAUGUCAAUGAUGUUUUUUAUUGCAACCUAUGGAUUGCCAAAGAGCUGCGUGUCCGUGCACGAGGGAGUCAAAAAGAGGGAAGAGCAGGACGAGAACGGAACCUUUCUUGGACACACAAUCGAGCCUUAAGCUAAUUGCAGAAAACGUUGCAUCAGAGGGUAGCCGUCACGGAGGGCCAGUGCUGGGCGGGGGGGCGGAGACGGACGGAGAGAUGAUGUCAUGUUUACACACAGGACGAGAAACCUUUGUCAUUAAUUAGCUAGGUCACGGGUGAGCUGGAGCCAAUCCCAGCUGACUUGGGGCGAGAGGCGAGGUACACCCUCGACCGGUUGCCAGCCAAUCACACGGCACACAUGUAGACAAACAGCCAAUCACAACGGGUAAUUUAUAGUCUUCAAGGAACCGAACAUAAAUGCUUUGAGAAUGAGGGAGGAAGCUGGAGGACCCAGAAACCCCACAGAAGAACGUGCAACUCCACACAUGGAGGCCAGAGUUGAACCCCCAACCUCACAGCUGGGAGGCGGUCGAAUGGAUGCGCCAAAAGGAAUCAAACAUACUGAGGGGGUGAUAGCUUAUACGAUGUAAAACCACGAAAGGAGGCUCAACUUCAAAAUUGAAGGGUUAUUGUGGACUAUAAUCAUAAAAAAGGAGCACGCAAGUCAACUUACCCUCGUUGUCGGUGACAUAAGGUCACAGCCGAACACGGCACCUGACGACAGCGGGACGGUAGGAGGAAGCCCAGGUAGUUAGACAGUCGGCACUGCCCCGUUCACUAGUAUCAAGUUACCCACGAAGCCAUGUUGUCUCUGGGCAGAGUUUACAAAAGUACCCGUCGUAAAAUGCGCGCUGCAGAGUCAGCUGGUGGCGGUGACGUUCAUCACGCCAUCUUCAUGUGUCUUUACGAAGUCAAGCCGUCGCUUUUUUUGGGAGCUUAAAAAAAACAUCACCGAGUGUUUCUGUAAAUUGAGGCAUCCAGUGAAGAUGCAUUUUCGGGGUGCAGCCAUUGUUAGCUUGCUAACUGCAAGCUCGAGUGCUAAAUGGGCCUUGUUAUGGAAGCUAAGCGCAGCUAGCUCACAACUGAGCGCAGCCAAACGACAUGAUAUCACUUUGUACUUACAUAGCGGGGGAGGAAAAUAUAUCACGGGGCUCUGUUUUAGCCACACCCACAAAAUCAGGACAAUUCAAACAGUUAAAAAGAUGCUUCAACUAUAUCUCAACAAUUCAGCACUAUAUUGUUCUAAGUCUUUGCAUCUGUUUCCAGCACUUCAAACAUAUUUAGUGUCUUUAGAAACAAAACACCGAUAUCUGCUUACGGCCCCUUGACGGUUCAAUAACAAGGGUCGGCAAAGUAUGACCCGGGGGUCAGAUCCAGUUCGCCAAAUUAUUUUCUGUGGGCCGGUAAAGCAAAUCGUGUGCAUUUACUUCAUGGUUCUUGCUCAAAUCUGUACCAAAAAUUGCAAAAUGGCUUCACUUUUAAUAAUGUUGAGAUAUUGCAAGCAUUUUUAGUCACCCAAACUCUUUUUAAAACAAAUUGCUUAAUACAGUCGCUGAAUAAACUUUACUUCAGAUUUCAAAGCUAUUAUUAAUGUUAUUUUAUCCAUCAAUUUGGUGUCUAUAUGUAACAAUAUGAUGAGGCGAUUAUACAUUGAAAUGGUUUCCAUGAUCAUAAUGGCCAUCUGAGUGAAAUGUGGCCUGCGUCAAAAAUGAGUUUGAAACCCCUGACUUACUCUAUCAAUGGACAAUUUGGUUGUUUUGGUUUUUUUCCUUAAAAUUGCUGAAUUAACAUGUUUUUAUCCGUAUUUUUCUUUUCAUUUUAUUCAUCUAUCUAAAUACGUUGUUUAUUGCUUCAUUGUAAAUGAUAAUUAAAAUAAACAAUUUGCAUAUC